GGCGUGACUGGCCACGUUACCCCCUCCCCUCACCGUCAGUGUGGGCGGGCCUGCGCAGAAACACGACACCCAGAGGACGGAGAGACGCGGGGGGAGGAGAGAGAGAGCUGCCUGCCUGAGCCGUGAGAGUGAGUAGGGGACUGAAAAAGUCUGAAAAGAAAGAGAUCCACAACCGGAACGUUAAUUUCUGUCAAAGAAGUAGGAAAGCUUGGCGGAGAAAGAUGUCAAACAGCGAGGAAGAUGGCAUGGAGUAAACCGCUAAGAGACACUUAGCGACACAACUUGUUUUGGAGAAGCUCAACGCUCCGAGUUGAAACUGUUGUCCGCCGCAACUUGAUCAGUUUUUAUAUCGCACCUAUCUACAGGACGAAAGGCUACAACAAACAGCGAAGUGUUAGCGGCUCGGCUUCGGGGGAGAGCCAGUAGAGCGGCUGCUUUUGUCGGAGAGAAGAAGCGCCGAAGGAGCGGGCGACGACAGCGCGCGCCACGGCACGAGAGCACAGGCUGCCCCGCUGGAGCAGUAGCGAGAAAAGUUUUUUCCCGAGUUUUUAUCGGGGUUUCCUCGUGAGGAACUUUGGGAGGACGGGAGCAGAGUGACUUUUCUUUCCACGUGCAACUUCGUGGAAUUUGUGGAAGUCACACCAAACUUAAUCCACAGAGUUACAGUUACAAGACGGAACAAUGAAAACACCUGGAGAUUCUGGUUUUGCGUUCCCAGAAUGGGCCUACAAGCCAGAGUCCAGCCCGGGGUCCCGGCAGAUCCAGCUGUGGCACUUCAUCCUGGAGCUGCUGAGGAAAGAGGAGUACCACGACGUGAUCGCGUGGCAGGGUGACUAUGGCGAGUUCGUCAUCAAAGACCCCGAUGAGGUGGCCCGGCUGUGGGGCGCCCGGAAGUGUAAACCCCAAAUGAACUACGACAAGCUGAGCAGAGCACUCAGGUAUUACUACAACAAGCGGAUUCUCCAUAAGACCAAAGGAAAGAGGUUCACCUACAAGUUCAACUUCAACAAACUGGUUUUGGUCAACUAUCCGUUCAUUGACAUGGGCUCUGCUGGAAGUGCCGUCCCUCAGAGCGCUCCUCCGGUCCCGACCGCUGCAAGUACCCACUUCCGCUUUCCACCUUCAACACCAUCAGAAGUUCUCUCCCCAAAUGAUGACCUGCGCAGCCCAGGGGUGGUGUUCAGCUCUGUGGCGCGGAGAGCCCGGGGAUCCGUGAGUGACUGCAGCGACGGUACAUCAGUGAACUCUGAGAUUGAGGAGGGCCCCAUAGCUCCGGCCGAAGAGAGGACAGCGGAGAGGGGGGUUGGUGGAGGAGGAGGGUACCGUGGUAUCAUUCACCCGCGCUUACCCCAUGAGUCUCUGUUCAGGAUGUACCCAGGCAACCCGGCAGCGCACCCAAGAGGUCCCUCCAGUCACCGCAUCCACCCCGAGCCUCUGUCCCCCUUCCCUGUGUCCCCUCUGCCUGGCCCAGGAGGAGUAAGUCUCUUAGCCCCCCCUCUCUCUCCAGCACUCUCUAUGACACCCACCUCUCACCUCCCCUACAGCCCAUCGCCCAGUUUGUCCCCUAUGCUCGGCUCACACUUCUCCUUUAACCCCGAGGACAUGAAACGCUACCUGAAAGCCACACAGUCGGUGUACAAUUAUGGUUUGAGCCCCCGGGCAUUCAUACAGUACCCCAACAUCGUCGUCCCGCAGCCACACCGACCAGAGAAGUCAAGUCUGGCAACUGAGAGGGGACCAGCAGAGAGGGGAGGAGGAGAGAGGGCAGGAGAGAGACACCACCAUCCAUCUUUGGGUCACUCUGCUCACCACCUCCCACACCACCCGCACUCUGCGCACCCAUCUCACCCCAUGCACCACCCACUGCACCUGGGAGAGGAGCCACCGCAUAUGUCUCCAUUCAAGUUUAAGCUGCAACCCCCACCGCUGGGCAGGAAGCAGAGAGACGGGCAAGGUCAGGGGAAGCUCCGGCAGAGCUCCCUGUCCUCCGGCUCUGGGUCCAUGUCGUCCACAUCAGGCAUGGGCUCCUCACUGUCCUUUGGCAGUGACCUGAGUUCAGCCAGCGGCUCUGGCCUAAUCUCAGCCUCAUCUUCAACACAGUCACUUAACAGUGCUGGACUCCCUAAAAUCAAGGUGGAGCCCAUCUCUGAUAUUGAAUCAGAAGAGGAGGUGGAGGUAACUGACAUCAGCGAUGAAGACCCAGACGAGAGAGAUGAGGAUUUUGAGUUCUCCUCUCGUUUCUCCAGAGUCUCACAUCACCACCACCUUACCAAUGGCACAUCCCAUUCCCAUCAGCCUCAUCCUGAUGAUGACCUGGAUGAAGAUGUCUUUAAAGCUCCUGCCCCACCUCCGCCUGGCCUCUUGCCCUUCUUCGCCUCACAACACAUACAGUCUAAUGUUCAUCGUGGGCCACCCAUUCUUAAGACUGAACCAGCAGAACCAGAGGAGGUGAGCCCACCUCCCCCACAGCCGGGGCCCACGGGAGCACCCCAGACCAAAUGCAUCCCUCUAAAGCUGCGCUUCAAGAGGCGCUGGAGUGAAGAUCAGCGCAUGGAGGCUUCACAGGAGGAGUCUGAUGAUAAGAAAGUGCGACCAGAGGAAGAGAGGAUACGACAGACUCAUUGUAACGGGCGAUUGGAGGUGGAGGAGGACGGGACAGGCAGUGCAGAAGGAGAAAGUCCCCCUCCUCUGAUGUACGAAGGCUCUUUAGCCACUCCCCUGGCCCCACACCGCAGAGUGAGUGCCGAACUACACCGUGCCACUGCACAACUGUCUCUGGAAAAUAAAGAGUGCUGAUGAAGACACUGUUGUACACUACUGCCCUCUGCUCACUCACAUAGUCCAGGGGUCUAUGAAAGGGCCUCUCUCAGAUUCCUUUCACUACAAUGAGGCCCAACUCCUGAAAGCAGCAGAGAACUACAAGAUCCUGCUUAACUACCAACACCUCAAAGACACAGACUUUGUUCUAGUAGUUUGAUCUUCUCUGUAUCAGGACUCUUGUGGUUUGAACCCUUUGUGGGAAGGAGAGAUGCAAGUGGCUGGUCCAAAUAGUGAAGCUGCAGAUAUUCUGCCCCCAUUUCCUCAAGGGACCCACUUUCUCAAAGCCUGCAACAGCCUAGCACUCUCCCUAUACUUUUCCUGGAGAACUGGACUUCAACAAGUGCCUGUAUGUACAGUGACACAGAGGAGCACAACAUAGGGGGAGGACUUUGAGUUGUUAUUGUCUCUAGAAAUUCCUACGAAAUUUAAGAAUUGCUAACAAAAUCUUGGGGCUCAUUAGGAACUUGUGUCUCUAUAGUUAAAGAGUGGGUGCUUUCUGACGGAACAUUUCAGAACUGACUCCUAAAUCUGGCUCACUCCACUCAGGGAAGAUUAUUGCUGUAUGCUCAUAGGAUUCAUGCACACAAGAAAACACACACGCAAGCAAAAACAAACUCAAGGCAACAGUUUUAAAAUACAUUUUUGUGACGCACAACUUUACAGCACUAAACGGCAUAAAGCUAUUGUACCUGCUUCUUUCUGCCUCUUCUGUCCUUUCUCGCUCGUGUGGACCACAUGUGGAAAAAUGCAAAUUCCACUUAUAAGAACCGUUUCCCCAGUGGAGUUGUGAGUAAAAACAGAAGAAUGACGACUUACUAGAGGUUUAGAGAAGUUGCUGCUAAGGGGGACAAGUGAGAACAGAAAAAUAUUAUAAACCAUUUCUCUGCAUAUUGUAUAUUUAAACUGAAAGUCCCUGCAGCACAAGAUACACCAGCCUCUGCAAUCUGUAAAACUAAAAACCAGCAAAUGUCCGUACAAAGAAUCCCACAUGCACAACACUGCCUUUGGCUCCAGCUCUUUGGUUUCAGCCCUGUCACCGGGUCCUCCAGAGUUUGUGAGCCACCUACAUGAAUUGGAGAAAGCAGGAUUGACACUGCCUCUCUAUGCCUUGUUUUUAUAGCAUGAAAACCAAGCUCUAGCAACACACAGACUAUACCUUUAUAUAUUUUAAAAUGAAGUUAUUACAAUUUUAAAACAGCCAUAGUGUUUUAAAUAUAUCAAAUAUUUCAGGAUUUUUAAAUAUUUUUGGGAGAUUGCAGCACAGUAAAAAAAACAAAAACAAAAAACAAAUAAAGCUAGGUGAUAAUAGCCAUAAUAUUCUGAGCACAAAACAGAAUAUAUAAAAAUAGGCCAGAACCAGAUGCAGGAUUUUCACAGUGGGAAACCUCUUCUUCAGUUUAGUUUCUUUGGUUGUUUUUUGGCCUGUUUCCCUCCAAAGCUCUCAGCUGCCUUAGAUCGAUGCAAAGGAAGACAUAGUUAAUCAUUUCUGCAAGACGAGGUAACUCCCCUCAAACUAUGCACAUGCUCUGAAUCCAUUAUAUUUUAGCAGACUUGAUUUUUGUUUAGCUCUACCAUUGGAUUGCUCAGCAUUUCAGCCCAUUGAUAGACUGACCUACAAAUGGAAAAUGACUGAAUUUUCCACAUUAAAUACACAUAGAAGCUUGUCUCAACAUGCAGAAAUCCACCGACAUUGUCACUAAAGCUUUUGUCUGUAAUUGAACUGACAGUUGCCUUAUUAUUAUUACAAUUUUUAUCCCAUUAACUGAAGAGGCACUCUUUAAAUCGUUAAUAUCUCUUCUCUUUCCCCUUAUCCAUGCCAUCACUUGUUGCAGUAGACUAACAGCACAAAAAGUCUCUCAAAAGAUUGUCGUUCUUCUGAUUUAAUUUUUCUUGAUUCGCAUUAUAGCUUUUAUGUUGUGGCAUCACAUCACAAACUCCUUUGAAUUCAACCCAAACCCUUACCGUUUUCUUUUUAACAAAUGUAAUAUAAUUAAAAUGUGUAAAUUUUGUGAGCUGACAGAGGAACAACAUUGGGAAAUUGGAGAAAAAGAUAGCAGAUAUUAUUGACAUGCAGAUGGGGUAAUUUUACCUUUUUUCGUCAUGUAUUGUAAUGUUUUGUUUUAUAAUCUGUUUUUUCUCUUGAUUGUGUAUAUUUUUUAUCAUUUACGGGGGACUGUACCAUUUUAAAAGAAUUCAAAAUUGAUUUCUAUUGUUUUAAUGUGUAAAUUUCUCCCCGUUUUUGGUCAUUAGUUUUGCUUUGUCUCCCAGAGCAGUUGCAUAACACUGCGAUGGAGAGAUGAAAGUUAAUACCAUGAUGUAACAUUGAAUUUCUCUUCUUCUGUCAUGUUAUUUUUUUUCAAUCUUGUAAUUAAGAUGUAAUCAGGGUUAUUAAACCAGUUAAAGCCCA